AAACCGGAAUCAUCAAUGGAAAUAUUUCCCUUUAGGUGGUUUACGAUCUGCGUCAUCGCGUGCCCAUCGCUGGUAUCAUCCAAAAGCUUCAAAUGCACCGUAAUUAACGAGGCUGGUUUCUGCUUCGUGGAGAACGUCGUCAUCAAUGAUCCCUCAAGCGAGCAGAGCCUUGAAUUCCCGAAGCAUCCCAUCCUCCUCAUCAAAUCCGGUUCCAUCCCGAACUUCUCCAAGGACAUAUACUCCAUGCUCCCGGGUGUCAAUCUUCUGCACAUGUACAACAACACUGUCAUCCGCAAAUUCCUGAUCGCUGUCAGCAACCUCACCGAAAUCAAUCUGCAACGCAACGGUCUCGUCGAGUUCGACGUCGAACCCGUAGAAAAUCGUAACCUCAAAACCCUAACGAUCGUUCACAAUUCCAUCAACACCAUUCCGAAAACCAUUCGCUACCUCGAAGGACUGGAGAAGCUCUUCCUCUACAACAACUCCAUCGACUACGUCGAUCUGGAGCUGUUCGCCAAUGCUAGCUCCCUCAAGGUCCUGUCACUCUAUGACAACUUCAUCAAAACCCUUGAUUCGAAGCUCGAUCUUCGUUUCGCAAACCUCCAGACCUUAUCCCUGAGCAAGAACAAACUGGACUUCAUUCCGUACUUUGUGGAAGCGUUCCCAGUGUUGAAUGCCAUUUCCCUACGCAAGAAUCCUUGGAACUGUCGCUGGUUGGAGUACGCCAUGGGCCACAUCGAGACCCAGAGCAUCCAGAUCGCCCGGAAGGACGCCGUCUGCCGGCACCGUUGGAUUGGCGAUAUCUGCUGCUACAGGACUGUUUUGGAUUUUCUGUUUCAGGUUCAGAGCGAGGAGAUGCAUCACGACAGGGAGCAGCUGCUGAAGCUGGCGCAGCAGAACCGAGAACUGCAGAACGCCGUGGAGCUGUUGAAUGCAAGUGUGCACAAGUUGGAAGAACAGGAAUCGAAUAAAGCUCGCGCCGAGGCAUAGGCGUUUGUGGGUGGAUUGAGUAAAA